CCUCUGACUACACUGUGCAGUGGGGUGACCGCCCAGUGUGCCCACAUGGCGUCAUCCCAGUUGAAGUACAUGUCUCUGGGCGUGCUGGUGUGCCAGACCACAUCCCUGGUGCUCACCAUGCGCUACUCCCGCACCCUGCAGGCUGAUGGGCCGCGCUACCUGGCCUCCUCAGCCGUGGUGGUCGCCGAGGUCAUGAAGAUUCUGACUUGCAUGUUGCUCGUCCUUAAGGAGCAUACUUACAGUGUUCGAGCUCUGAACAGUGUCCUCCGCCAGGAAAUAGCCCACAAACCCAUAGAGACACUGAAGUUGGCAAUUCCCGCUGGGAUCUACACAUUACAGAAUAACCUACUAUAUGUGGCACUGUCGAAUCUUGAUGCUGCCACCUACCAGGUGACCUACCAGUUGAAGAUCCUGACCACGGCUCUGUUCUCAGUGUCCAUGCUGGGCCGCAGACUGGGGGUCUACCAGUGGCUCUCCCUGCUCAUCCUAAUGGCUGGUGUUGCACUAGUACAGUGGCCCUCUGAGUCUGCCGGGGCCCCAGAGAAGAAAGCCUUGUCUGCAGGCUCCCAGUUUGUUGGUGUGACCGCAGUUCUGGUGGCCUGCUGCUCCAGUGGCUUCGCUGGCGUCUACUUUGAGAAGAUCCUCAAAGAGAGCAAACAGAGCGUCUGGGUUCGCAACAUCCAGCUGGGCCUAUUUGGCUUGGUGUUUGGCCUCAUUGGGAUGCUGGUAUACGAUGGAGAGCGGGUGCAACAAUCUGGAAUGUUCCAGGGAUAUAAUGCAAUCACCUGGACUGUUGUGGCACUGCAGGCGCUGGGUGGUCUGGUCAUUGCAGCGGUCAUCAAGUAUGCAGACAACAUCCUCAAGGGCUUCGCCACAUCGCUCUCGAUCAUCCUGUCCACUCUCAUAUCCUACUUCUGGCUCCAGGACUUUGACCCCACUGGUGUCUUCUUCCUGGGGGCCAUUUUGGUGAUUGUGGCCACGUUCCUGUACGGCUACGAAGGCAAGCCUUCCCCCAACCCCAGCAGGGCGUAGGACAAAUGAGAAAUGCCAGGAGGGCCCAAGAGAGAGAGACUCACACAGACUCUGGGAGAGGAGAACAGCAGGUCGGGGAAGUGAAGGGGGGGGGACUUAAUUAUGGUAUAGUAAUUUAGAAAAAAGAAAAGAAAACAAAGAAAAAAGGAGGCGGGGCUUCCUUUUUAGGAUGGGGACAAAGAAGAGAAGGGAAGAUGGUGGACAAACUAUUGGAUUGCACAGCGUCAUGAUGGGCCUCAGACACCAAUAAGUGCCUCAGCUGGGAAAGGUAACCAUGCAGCAGAAAUAUAGUGGCCAAAGUAAAGAAGGUCCCCCCCUGUUGUUUCCACUAGAGAGAGAAACCUGCACACCGCUGUAAUGGGACGGGGAGGGGUGAUAUUUUCAGAAGGACCGACUGACUGAUUGUUUGGGACGUGUUCAACCACCAGUCUCCAGUAUGAUUAUACUACAUUGUUUGUAAAAGAUAAAGCCCGACAACUGGACUGCCAACAUAGGUUUGAAAAUACUUCACAGCGCACCAAUUGGCUUCUUUGGUUCUAAUGUCAGGUGGAAAACCCCCAGCGUUUACUUCUGUGGACAAAGCCUUCCCUUGAUGAGUGAAAAUGUGAGGACGCGUGUGCAGAAAGUGCCAUCACAUUUGGCACUGUCCGAACAUGUUAUGCCCCUCCCACUUACGAACAGGUUGGUGCACCCAACUGCUAAGGUGUAGAAUAGAUAGGCAGCAGCAGUACCCCCACCCCUGGCUUAGUGAGGGCUGUUCUGGUCUGACAUAAAUAUAGCCCCUUUCACGCCCCUCUUGAGCCAUCCGUCUACUUGGUCAAUAACGUGGUCGUCCCGUUCCUCGAAUCUGUGUCUUUCUCCCCCCCCCCCCCUUUUUUUCUCCCCAAUUGUAUCCAGCUAAUUACCUCACUCUUCUGAGCCUUCCCGGUUAC